CUCGACUACGAUGGCUCGGUCCUGCCGUUCCUCGGGGGGCUGGGCGGCGGGUACCAGCGGACCCUGGUGCUGCUCACCUGGGUGCCGGCCCUCUUCAUCGGCUUCAGCAAGUUCUCGGACUCCUUCCUCCUGGACCAGCCCGACUUCUGGUGCCGGGAGGCGGACGGGCAGGGUAACUGGAGCGGGUCGCUGGCCCCUGGCCACGCCAACCGCAGCGGCAAUGGCAGCAUCUUCCCCCCGCCGACCGGGCUGCCCACCCCACCGGGGGUCAACGCCAGCGAGUGCGACUGCCACGAGUGGCACUACCGCAUCAGAGCCGGCCUCGUCCAAAAUGUGGUGAGCAAGUGGGAUCUUGUUUGUGAUUCUGCCUGGAAAGUCCACAUUGCUAAAUUUUCCCUACUGGUAGGAUUAAUCUUCGGCCACUUAAUAACAGGAUGUAUAGCUGACUGGGUUGGUCGACGGCCUGUACUGCUCUUCUCUGUCAUACUCAUUUUGAUAUUUGGACUGACAGUGGCACUCUCAGUGAAUGUGACCAUGUUCAGCACACUCAGGUUUUUUGAGGGGUUUUGCCUGGCUGGAAUAGUCCUCUCCCUGUACGCACUGCGGAUAGAGCUCUGUCCUCCUGGGCACCGGUUCAUGAUCACCAUGGUGGCGAGCUUCAUCGAGAUGGCAGGGCAGUUCCUCAUGCCAGGGCUGGCUGCCCUCUGCAGGGACUGGCAGGUCCUCCAGGCAGUCAUCAUCUGUCCUUUCCUGCUGAUGCUGCUUUACUGGCUUAUUUUCCCAGAGUCUCUUCGGUGGCUGAUGGCUACUCAACAGUUUGAGGCAUCCAAGGAGCUGAUCCUUCAGUUCACGCACAAGAACAGGAUGAACACGGAAAGCGACAUCAAAGGAGUGGUACCUGGGCAUAGGAUGGACGAAUCAGUGCAUAGCAUGGACGAUGCUGUGGGGAUGACGCUGUUGUCUGUUCCUCAUUUGUUGCAGAAUUUGGAAGAGCUGGAAAAGGAGAUCACCAGGAGACCGAAGAAAGUCUGCAUUGUUAAAGUGGUGGGAACCAGGAACCUGUGGAAAAACAUCGUAGUACUGUGUGUGAACUCGCUGACUGGUUACGGCAUACACCACUGUUUUGCAAAAAGCAUGAUGGGGCACGAAGCGAAGAUGGCGAUUACCCACAACUUCUAUGCGGACUACUACACCAUGGCUGGGAUCGCCCUGGCAUCCUGCCUGGCCAUGUGCCCGGUGGUCGGGUUUCUGGGGAGGAGAGGAGGACUCCUGCUUUUCAUGAUCCUUACAGCCCUGGCUUCGCUUCUGCAGCUGGGCCUUCUCAACUUGAUCGGAAAAUACAGUCAACUUCCAGACUCAGGUAUGAGUGACAGCGUGAAAGACAAAUUCUCUACCGCAUUUUCCAUUGUGGGUAUGUUUUCUUCGCAUGCCGUUGGAAGCCUCAGCGUGUUCUUCUGUGCUGAAAUCACACCCACAGUAAUCAGGGGAGGUGGGCUGGGGCUGGUCCUGGCCAGCGCGGGCUUCGGCCGCCUGACUGCCCCCAUCAUGGAGCUCCACAACCAGAAAGGCUACUUCCUCCACCACGUCAUCUUCGCCUGCUGUACGCUCCUCUGCAUCAUCUGCAUCCUGCUGCUGCCGGAGAGCAAGAACCAGAACCUGCCCGAGAACAUCCCGGAUGGGGAACAUUACACCCGGCAGCCCCUCCUGCCGCACAAGAAGGGGGAGCAGCCCCUGCUCAUGACAAACUCUGAACUCAAGGAUUACUCUGGCCUCCAUGACUCGGCAGCCGUGAGUGACGGGAUCUCGGAGAACACCACUGCCAACGGGAUGAAGUCGAUGUAACUGGGUGGAUUUUUUUUUUUCCUUCUUCAUUUUUUCGUUGGUUUUUAUUUUUUUCCUUCUCCUCUUUCUUUUGUAUUUUAUUUGAUGCUGUUGUGCAGGAGGAGCAGCACUUUGGGCAAAGGUGUUUUGCACAGAUUUUUACAAACCAGUGAUGGAGCAGACACAGACUUGGGGGAAUUCAACUCUGCUGCUAAAGCAACUUUUGGCAUCUUCAACUGUUGUGCAGAUUGCUCUUGAAAAUGUUAUGGGGGAAAAGACUCAUCUGAGAAAAGACCUGGUUGGAGGUAGCCCUUCAGAACUCUUUUUUUCCUGCCAUUAAAUAUGUAUAUUUAUUUUGAUUUAUUCUCAAGAAGCACUUUAUUUCCUUUUCCUUUCAUAGAUCACAAAAAUGAAGCCAUCUUAUUAUAAGAGGUGCAGCCAUUCCAAGAAAGAAACCAUGGGGGGGGUUGUUUUCUGUUUUGUUUUUGUGUUUCUUUAAAGGAAAGAGGGAUCCACUGCAAAGUUGAAUUGACUGAAGUUUAGACUUGUGCAACGUUCUUCUGCCUGUCUAGAAAGUGCAAGUGCCCAGGUUGCCUGCUGUGUUUGUAUACACCAAAAAAAAACAAAAACAAAAAACAAAGCAAAACCUGUUGUGACUGAAACUCUGACUGCAUUUUAGGCAGCUUAUGUUUGUUUUUAUAGCCCAUGUGCACUUAAAAGUUACUUUCUGAAUUAGUACUUUUUUUUUUCCCCACCAAAUACAGUGAAGAAAAUCCUACCCAAACAAGCUGAUUUUUCAAUGAGAAUCAGCCAUCUGCAUUUUAAGAGUCCAUUAAUCUAUUUUAGACAGUUCCUGCUGGUCUUAAGUAGUAAUGUAGAUGAUUAAAUUAUUUGACCAAUAAUGCAAAGAUUAGUUUUGCCAAGAAUGGCUUUAAUUACCAGAAGGCCCAGAAUCUCUGAUGGACUGCUCCAGGAGAAGAGCACAGGCCAGCAGGGACAAAAAAUAGGGAGCGUGGGCUAUGAUCUGUACUUUUAUUCCAAAAGGCAGCGCAGCUGGGAUUCCUGCUUCUGGGAAAUGAGUGUCCUGGCAUUGCCUUACAUGUUUUUAGAACCAGGGUUUUGUUUUCGAUUUAAGUGGACAAAAUGCUUAGCUGACUGUCAGAAAUGAAUGAAUUGAUAGCCUGUGAGUAAUGAAUUAUGGUCUGCUGUUGGCUGUCUUGGGGCUUUUAGAGAUGUUUUCUUGUUCUGACCCAAGAAUAUACAAUGAACUCACACAGAUUUCCCCCCUUCCCCAACUGCUUUUUGUAGGAUUUUCAUCAGGAAAAAAAUACAAGUUUACGUAAACUGGAUCGAUCCUACUCUAGGCUAAGCAAAGUGAACAUCCAGUUUGCCUCCUACUGUGCAGAUGGCACUUUGAUAGUGGCCACCUGAUUUCUCUCCUCCAGCCCCAAAACCAACUAUUUCCUUUGGCCAUCGGCAUUUUGGUUCUCACCAUGUGAAUAACCUGAGGAUCUAGUUCAAUGCAAGGACUUGGUAAACAAAACAGCUUUCUUGCAUUGUAGUUAACCUCCCUGUUCUCCCUCCCUCCCUCCUCUCCUUUCUCACUCAGGCCAUCCAUUUGUGGUUGCUCGGUAGUGCAGACGUUCAAACAGACGGAGCAGCAGGAUGUCCAUGUUGUCCUGAGUGUCCGUAGGAUUGCCACUUUGUUUGAUGUACACCUUGCGUUCAUAGGCAUGGAAAGCGGCUCGUUUGCACUUUCCUCCUCUACCUUCCCUCCCCCUUCCUCCUCUUGCUGUAUAUAUUGUCGAUUAACUGCUGUACCUAACAAUUUCCAUCCUCCAUUAGGCUGCCGAUGUCCUCUUACAGGCCCCAAUAAAUCAGAGAUCCGUGCUCCCUGGCGGGCGAUGCAGUAAGUAGUGCAGCCUCAGAGGCUGAGGAGAGCCAGGGGACAGGUAGACCUGCAGAAGUGACAGAGAUUGUUGUGUUCAGAGUAACAAUGUUGUCCUAAAGCUGCUAAUUUUCCUACAGAGGAUGUGGACAUUCGGGUUCUUCUUGAGCCUGGUAAGAAACACUGGACCAGUUGAUGGUAGUUUUGCCCAAAGUUACGCUACUGGGUUGGGUUUUUAUUUUUCCACCUUUGCUAGACUUGCUGUGACAGCGAGAGCCUGAUCUUCCUUACGCUCAAGUUCUAACGUGGAGCUUGAGCGCGGCUGCUUCUCUUUUUGUUCUGUGCUGCGACUUCUGCAGAGCGUGUUCACCGAAGGAAAAAAAAAAAAAACAAAAAAACAAAAAAACAAAACACCAAACCAAACCCAGGCCUUCCCCA